AUGGAACUGCCAGAUAUAGUCAAGGAAAAAUUGAUAGAAUUGGAUGAUGAAAAUAAUCAACUCAAAGCGGAAGUAGGCCGACUUCGAGCGGCCCUAGCUAAUAAAGAUGGAAUAUUGAACGAAUUAGAAGAAGAAAAUGUUCAAUUACGUGCGGCGAAACAAAAAGUCGACUCGGAAAAUUCC